AGUUUAGCUAUAAAGAACAGACCUAUGGUCAACAUGGUUGCUUUCGUGUUUUGCAGAAUCAAUGAUUGUAUAUAUUCAUCUUGGGAAAAUAAGAUGAUUUUUCAGUGAAUCACCAAAACGAGUGAGUGUUCUGCUAAUUAAGUUAUACGAGCAACAAGAUUCGUCAGGAUUUGCUGCAAUUGUUAAAGUUCGCAAGUUGUAACGACAUAUAAUAUUGUAAAAAGAGUUGAGUUUAAGAUGGUGAAGUUAUACGCUCUGACUGUUCUGUAUAAAAAUCCUACAUCAGCAACAACAUUGAAAGCUGCUUAUGAUGUAGAAUCAUUUUCAUUUUUUCAGAGAAACAGUAUUAAGGAAUUUAUGUGCUUUGUCAGUAAAACUAUUGUGGAAAGAACACCGACAUGUGCCAGGCAGAAUAUUAAGGAAGGAGAGUACAUGUGCUAUGUAUAUGUUCGUGCUGACAACCUUGCUGCGGUACUCAUCUCGGAUCAUGAAUAUCCCGGUAGAGUGGCUCAUACUUUAAUCACGAAGGUAAUGGAUGAAUUUGCAACAAAGCAUCCGCCGUCAACGUGGCCUACACUAAAAGAAGUCACUGCUGAUUUCCCGCAAAUCAAUAUGUAUCUAGCCAAAUAUCAAAAUCCAGUUGAAGCGGACGCACUCACAAAAAUGCAGAAUGAUCUGGAUGAAACAAAAAUAAUCUUGCACAAUACCUUAGAAGCGGUGCUGCAGAGGGGGGAGAAAUUGGAUGAUUUGGUCUCCAAAUCGGAAGGUCUCAGCGCUCAGUCAAAGGCAUUUUAUAAAACUGCGCGGAAGACUAAUUCUUGUUGUAGUUUAGCUCCUUAGAACGCAUGUUUCUUCUUUCUUAGCGAGCUUUGCCGCUUUGGUAUUUCGAUAAAUGUGACUUUGUAAUCUUCGCGAUAUAGGAACGUAAAGAAUGUUUACAUGAUUCGGCAGAGGUAAUGAUGUAGGGGAAGAAAGAUGGGAAAGGACAAAGAGUUUAAAAUAUGAAAAGAAAUGUAAUGUGGACGGCAUCAAUUUAUCUAAAUUUUUCAGUGGAACGUAUUAAUUUGUUGAAUUCCUACUUAAAUAACGGGCGAGAAGCAAACUACUGCCGAUUCCUCCCAAUUAAGUGGAAUUUUUUAUAUAAAUGUUACACGCCCUUAGAAAAUUUAUCCAUUUGAAAGAAACGGUCCUAGAUAAUUGCGAUUACAUAUGAAACUUACUUCCGAGAUGUAUUUUGUGCGAUGGGAAACGAUUGUUGUAAUGGAAUUCCUAAAAGUGUCAAAAGUCGCCUUAAAUGCAUUCCGAAUGUUUGUGUAUCCUUUUCAUGUGCAAAAAAUGCAAAUGCGGUGCAAGUUUAUCGUAAAAGUGCGCAUCGAUAGAUACAACAUGGUGAGGGUAACUACAAUUGAAUGAGUAAUGCGUCUCUGUUCAAGCAAUUAAAUUUGAAUAUCAACAUAAUCAGCAUGAAGUAAUCAAAAAGUGAUUUUUGUUUUUAAAAACACACAAGAUUUUUACAACAGAAAUAAUUUUAUAUCCUGUAACUUUGCGAUUUUACUAGUUACAUUGAGGAGAACAUCUGGCUGAUAUCUAAAUGGGAAACAUAUUGCAUAGACCGAAGGAUUAUGUAAUAAUUUAUCUGACACAUGUGCAAACCAAUUAUCCUUUUGAAAAUGGAUUAUUGUAUUUAUAAAUCAAGAAUUAUAUAAAAAUGAAUAUUAUUAGUGUUUAUCACACUACAUAUUUCAACAAAUUGAUCAAUAAAUGAUAAAACUUGCAUUAUUUGUCGUCUGAAUUUUAACAUGCUAAAACUUUGAUGAUGUGUCUUGACAAAAAAAAAAAGAUAUAUUCUGUGUAUAUUUAAGUAACAAUUAUAAUCUUUAUACUAUGUAUGUUGAAGAGUGUAACAUGAGCCAGUAAAUAUAUAUUAAUAUAUUUUCAAA